CCCAGGGUGCCCCGCGGGAGGCCUGGUGGCAACGCGGGUACCAAAGGCAACGGCGACUGCAAUGACCACAACCUGCCGACCUCCCAGAACAGGACGUGUCGGUUUCUUACCUGCUCUCGGGGCGGCGGCGCGAUGGACAGCCCGGAGAUGACUUUUACGCUGGCCUACCUGGUCUUCGCCGUAUGCUUCGUGUUUACGCCCAACGAGUUCCACUCCGCCGGGCUCACGGUGCAGAACCUGCUGUCCGGCUGGCUGGGCAGCGAGGACGCCGCCUUCGUGCCCUACCACCUGCGCCGCACGGCCGCCACACUGCUGUGCCACUCACUGCUGCCGCUCGGUUACUAUGUGGGCAUGUGCUUUGCAGCCUCAGAAAAGCAGCUGUACUCUCCUGGCCAGGCCUCAGAGGCCUGGCAGCUCUUCCUCGUGCUGGCUGUGAUGCUCCCCUCUGCUGCCUGCACGCUGAUCUACUACUGGUCCCGGGAUCGGUGGGCCCACCACCCUUUGGCCCGCACCCUGGCCCUCUAUGCCCUCCCGCAGUCGGACUGGCGGGCUGUCGCCUCCUCCAUCAACACUGAGUUCCGGCGUAUUGACAAGUUUGCUACUGGGGCACCAGGUGCUCGUGUAAUUGUGACGGACACGUGGGUGAUGAAGGUGACCACAUACCGUGUGCAUGUGGCCCAGCAGCAGGACGUGCACCUGACUGUGACAGAAUCUCGGCAGCACGAGCUCUCGCCAGACUCAAACCUGCCUGUGCAGCUGCUCACCAUUCAUGUGGCCAGCAUCAGCCCUGCCGUGCAGCCCUUCGACAUCCGGCUGAGCUCCACAGAGUACGGCGAGCUGUGUGAGAAGCUCCAGGCCCCCAUCCGUAGUGCGGCAAACGUGGUCAUCCACCAGAGCCUGGGAGACCUGUUCCUGGAGACAUUUGCCUCCCUGGUGGAGGUCAACCCGGCUUACUCAGUGCCCAGCAGCCAGGAGCUGGAGCCCUGCAUUGGCUGCAUGCAGACUCGAGCCAGUGUGAAGCUGGUGAAGACCUGCCAGGAGCCAGCUGCAGGGGAGUGCCAGCAGUGCUACUGCCGCCCCAUGUGGUGUCUCACCUGCAUGGGCAAGUGGUUUGCCAGCCGCCAGGACCCCCAGCGUCCUGACACCUGGCUGGCCAGCCGUGUGCCCUGUCCCACCUGCCGGGCGCGCUUCUGCAUCCUGGAUGUGUGCACUGUGCGUUGAAUGUCACCGUGGGUGUUGGUGGGGCCUCUGGGGUCUGAGCCUGGCGUCCCCAGCCAGCUGCUUCCAGGAGCAGUUAGUGCCCUGGGCUCCUGCCAAAGGCUCAAUGCCAAGCACAUCAUCUGCAUCCCUCUUUCCAGGGCAUUCAGCACCUUUUGCCUUUGGGUGGGGCAGGUGCUCCACAUUGAGCUCUCCAGGGCCCAAGACCCUGGGUCUGACCAAAUGGCCUUCACCUGGUCACGCUGCCUUAACUUUAUGAAGCAUACCUGCUCCCAGUUAUAAGCAGGACUCACAUCUGACCCAGCCUGCUCUCCAGCCAUGUCUCAGCCUGGCUACUUACUGGCACACAGAGACUGCUGGGAGGACGUAGGGUGGAGCCUGGCAGUAGAGGGGAGAAUGGGGUGCCACUCUUGUGUGCUGGCCCAGCCCAAGGCUUCCUAGCAGCUGCAGGAAAUUAAGGGGCCACUCCUGGAUCAGGAAGCAGGUGUGGCAACCUGGGGACAGGCCAGGUGGUUCUCGAAACUUCAUGGGACCCACCCAGUGCCUGGAGGUCCUCACUGUGCUCUUGGUGCCUUUUCCUGCUCCCACAGACUGCAGAAGGCCAAAGCCUCAGACACCUACCCCAGGGCAGGGGGAGGGUGGAGGGGAGAGGGUGUUGCAUGGCUAAGGCCUUGGGCGCCAAGGCAACAUCUAGAACCAUUUCUUCUGGGACAGUGGAGAGCCUAGGCCCCAAGCCUGGGUCUGCCUAGUUCAGGAGAGGAUGUACCCAGUGAUCAAGUCUCUGAUAGGCACACUGCCAGCUCCACAUGGUGCAGGUGGUAAAUUGCCAGGCACAGCUCUGACACAGGUACGGCUGCUGGAGGUUCUACUCACACUGUGGCUCCGACCGAAAGCCCGACUUUGCUUCAGGUCAGGUGAACCCAGCCUGCCUGACUCCUAGCUGCACUUGGCCCUAGGUGAGCUCAGAGCAGAGCAACGGCAGUUCUAUGGGGUGGGAAUGCUGCGGGCGCUCUGGAGUCAGCAGAGUUUUGGGGACUGCCUAGGAGGGGCUGGGUGGAUCGGGGUUAGAGUUACCGUAAGUUAAAUUAGUUUUGUAAAUAAAAAUGUAGCUAAAUAAUACAAUACUUAAUAAAAGAUUACUACUAA